GCAGGCGAGCUGAAUAUCCGGAGCAAAAAUAACACAUCUGGAUUUGCUUUUGGAGGCUCAGCGAGGAAAGAGGUUUAUGCAACUGCUCCAGUUUCACAACUAUUCCUAGAAAUAUGGAGGCGGAAAACAAUCCAGUAACAACACCAUCAACCUUUGCUACACUUUCUACGGGCAUCUCCGGUAACAACCUGACCAACGAUACUCAGUGUCCACACUGGGAAAUAUGGGACUGGUUGUACAUCAUGCAACCCGCUUACAUGUUCAUCAUAUUUGUUCUGGGAAUGCUCGGCAACGUCUUUGUCCUGUUGGUUUUCGGCCUCCAUAAAAAAGCGUGCACCGUGGCCGAGAUCUAUUUGGGAAACUUGGCCGCCGCGGACCUUCUGUUGGUCUCGUGCCUGCCCUUCUGGGCCCUCAACAUAGCCAACGGCUUCGACUGGCAGUUCGGUUCGUUCAUGUGCCGUCUGGUCAACACGGGCAUCAGAAUGAACAUGUUCUGCAGUAUUUAUCUACUGGUGCUGGUGAGCGGCGAUCGCUUCAUCGCGCUGGUGCACGCCAUGUCCCGCGGGAGAAUGAGGCGACCUCGCUGCGCCAAGCUCAGCUGCAUGGCUGUCUGGGGUCUAGGGUUGCUCCUGAACAUCCCAACACUUCAUUUCAGAGAUACCCGAUACUUGCCCGAGUUUAACGUCACGGCUUGCAUUUUGGACUACCCGACUCAAGAGGUGGGCCUCGUUUGUGACUUCGUACUCAUUUUGCUCGGUUUCAUUGUGCCAAUGAUUGUGAUUUCCUACUGCACGAUUAAGAUCAUCCGGGCUCUUCGCGUGCAGAUUAUAGAUCGCUUCAACGCUGAGAACACGGAGCGCAAGGCCACAUUUCUUGUCCUAGUCGUGCUGAUAGCAUUUCUGCUGUGUUGGGUGCCGUUCCACGUGGUGACCCUGCUGGAUAUUUUGUUCCGGGUCGGAGCUCUGACUGGAUGCAGCAUGGAGACGGCCAUUGACGUCUCUAAUCAAAUAAGCACGUACUUGGCUUUAAGCAACAGCGUGUUGAACCCAAUACUGUAUGUGAUUGUUGGUAAGAACUUCAGGAAAAAGGUCAAAGAAUUAGCAAAGCAACUCACAGAAAAAAGAAAAGACAUUGGUGGAUCAACACGAUCACAAACCGCAUCAACCGUAAAGACCCUUACAACACUUUAACAUCACAAAGUGUUGAUAAAGUUUACAGGCACAUAUUUACAAUUCAGAAAUUAUUUAAAUUAUAACUUAAAUGAUACGGUGUUGGCUGAAACAUACAGCAAUGCAUUACGAGUAAGAUGCAAAGAUUGUAAUGUCAACGGAUCUUAACAAACGGUGUGUGUACAGCUAUUUGGCAGUUAAUAUAACCACACAUGUGCAAUUCCAAGUUAACCUUAUCAUAACAAGUUUAACCAUUUUUUAACCAUACUGAUAUCUUAGAUGUUCAUAUUUGUGUAAAUACCCAUGCAAAGUCUGUACAGUAUUAAAGUUUUUUAAACAUUUUUUUUAUUAUUUUCCAUACUUAAGUAAGUGCAAUUUUAAAUCCAUAAUGCUUUUUCUUCCUUAUAAAUGUUCAUAAAAAAUUAAAUUAAAUUAAAUAAAUAUAACAUGUUUUUUGAAGAGCUAUCCUUUGGGUAUUAUUGCUUCUGGUUCAUGCAUUUUAAUUGGCAGAAUUUCAACAAAGUGUUUUCUUCCACAAUCCUGUGUCCUUUUUUGUCACAUCCAAAAUGCAUGGAUGUUUCCCUCAUCUAAAAUAGAAAACUUUUGAAAUAGAUUUUUCAGAUGUUGUCCAUCAGAGAUGUUUAGGAAAAUAUAAACAGAUGGUUCAAUAUAAUGGGGUUUUAGAUGACUUUCUUUUGUCCCUCUUGUUCAGCAACCGGUGAAAAGAUUGAAAAUAAAAUUGUGUUUUUAUUUUAGAAUUAAGUCUUGUCUGUCCUAAACGGAGGCAUUUUUAUGGCACCAUCAUGUUGGUCCUUGAUAAUUGUGACAUCAAGCUUCUUCCCAGUGUCUGCUUGCUCUGGAUGUUGUGUUCCUUAAGAUUCAGACUCAUUGUGUAUUUUAUGCUCGUGUUGGCUAGUCUGCUUUAUACGUCUGUAGACUAUAUCACUGGUAUGUUUUUAUUUACAAAUCCAUUUUGCUUUCAGUGCUAUCUUAUCUUCUUAGUCCUUUUUUUUUCAGGUACUCGCAGGACCUUUUAUUUUUAUCUGUUCCAUUAGUGCGCACUGAGUCGGGGAGAAAGGCAUUUUAUUUGUUAUCAAGUUUACAAUAAAAAAAUGCUUUCUCUGAGAAAUUAAAUUAAAAGUUUUGACUGCAAAUGCUGGAACAUAUAUUUAACAUUUUGUCAAAGCAUUAAUUUACUAUUUAUUUAUAAAUAACAUGUAUGUUCUAGUUUGUCUAAAGAUUUAAUGUUUGUAAUGUUAUACAAUACAUCAUGUCUAUGUCUUUAAAUUUUUUCUGUCUGAAGAGGUUUUUACAUGACGCCGGACCCUUGAAAGCUUUCAGUGAUUUUUACAGU